AUGUGCGCCGAUCACGAGAUACGCUGGCAACCUCAAGGUACAAUGGAAACGAAGACGAAACAUCUAUCUCAUGAUGCAUAUACAGUGGCACUGCUCACUCCCCUUGAGGUCGAGUUGAGUGCAAUGAGAUAUAUGCUGGACGAAGAACAUCAGCCCCUACCGACCGCCCACGGUGACCCAAACAAGUACGUUCUGGGACGGCUCUGUCAGCACAACGUCGUUAUCGUGUCCUUGCCUGCUGGCAACCAAGGUACGAUCUCCGCUGCGGUCGUCGCGCGAGAUCUAGCGCGCACAUUCCCGUCAGUCACGCUUCGACUGCUCGUGGGAAUUGGAGGCGGCGUGCCCAGCGACACGACCGAUAUUCGUCUGGGGGAUGUGGUGGUCAGUGUUCCAUCUGGGACUCACGGUGGUGUCGUGCAAUACGAUCUAGGAAAGCAGACUACAACUGGGUUUGAACGCAAAGGAUUCUUGUUGCCCCCGCCCCAGGAUUGGCUGUCUAUCCUCCCGAAAAUGGAAUCUGAUCACCGCGUGCGAUCCAACAAGGUCUCAAGUCACAUAGGGCAUAUGCUGAGAAGAUUUCCAGCACUGUCUGAGUAUAAGAGACCACCGCCUGAGACGGAUAUCUUGUUCAAAUCCGACUAUGACCAUUGCAUAGAUCAGCGGACUUGCCAGUUCUGCGAUAGACAAAAGACAGUUACCCGGGAGGACCGCAACCCCUCGGAUCAACCUUUCAUUCAUUACGGGGUCAUCGCAUCAGGGGAUCGCGUGAUGAAGAAUGCGAGGGAACGGGACAAGAUCAGUAAGAGCAGCGAGGGGGCGAUCUGUUUUGAGAUGGAGGCAGCAGGCCUUAUGAACGAUUUCCGCUGCAUCGUUAUUCGUGGAAUCUCCGACUAUGCGGACUCGCACAAAAACGACAUUUGGCACCCCUAUGCCGCUGCAGCUGCCGCGGCUGUUGCAAAAGAGCUCCUCUCCUAUCCGGAGGUAUCGGGCCAGCGUAUUUCGGGUCAAAUACUCCCAAUGAGCCACUGUUAUAUAAAUCUGGCAGUGGUGAAGCGCUCACGAGAGGUCGUCGAGAAUCAUCAGUCAUUCUCUCUCAUGUCACGCCUCAAGGUGCAAGCAGACAAGGACACAGACAUAAUCGCCUUGCCGUCUCUAUUUGAACCACGCACGGGACCGUCUCGGACGCCUUCAGUGCCCAAACGCAUCUUGAUAGAAGGGCGGGCCGGCGUAGGAAAGACGACUCUCUGCAAGAAGAUCAUUUAUGACCACCUGCACCAUCAAAUGUGGAACCACCUUUUCGACUGGGUAUUGUGGGUUCCAUUGCGCAGGCUAAGACGAAGAUCGGAAACGGCCGUUGCGUACAACUUGGAAAAUCUGUUUUAUGAUGAAUAUUUCUCUCAACAACCUGACGGCAAAGACUUGGCACGAGCAUUGUGGCAGGCUGUCGAGGAUCCAUCCCUCAGCAACCGAGUACUUUUCUUACUCGAUGGCCUCGACGAAAUAUCCCGUGAAUUAGAUAAAGACAUGCCAAUGUACGGGUUUGUGUCCCAUCUACUGAAGCAACCGCAGGCCAUUAUCACGACAAGACCACGUCCCUCGGACCAAAUCGAUCUCGGGACUGUCGAUCUCGAACUAGAAACCAUCGGAUUUCUUCCGGACCAGGUUAACAACUACAUCAACAACCCGGAGAUUGUGUCGGAUGGUGGGAUAGCGAGAGAGAUUGAGUCAUUCUUGCAAAAGCAUACACUCAUGCAGAGCCUCAUGCGGAUCCCUAUCCAGCUGGACGCAUUGUGCUUUAGUUGGGAACGAGACUGGUUGGAAGGGAGGCCACAGACAAUGACCAGCAUUUAUCAGGCAAUUGUGCUGAAGCUGUGGAGAAAGGAUAUACUGCAGCUAGGCAUUCGAGAUGACCAAGGAAUGCCGCUGACGGAGGGGAAAGUGAAAGACAUCUUCGAGUCGGACAUUGAGGAUUAUAUAUUCGACGAGAUCAACCUGAUUGAGGCACUCGCCUUCCACGGGCUCACCAACGACAUUAUCGAAUUUCGGCUGAAAGACCGAGAAUCCUUCUACAGACUUUGUAAACGGAACGGAGAGAAGCUUCCUCGCACUGGCGACCGUGUGCUUCGAAAGGUCUCAUUUCUGCGUACCUCAGACGCUACUCUCCAGAGACACGAACAGAGCUUUCAUUUCCUCCACUUGACCUUCCAAGAAUUCUUUGCAGCGAGAUAUUUUGUUAGGCACUGGCUACAGGACAAGCCUCUCCCGUGCUUUCGCGCGGGUCAACAAUCAACAAAGGACUCUUUAAUGGCACCCCGGUUGUUCCUUCAGGCCAAGAAAUAUGAUUCGCACUAUAAUAUCUAUUGGCGUUUUGUGGCAGGGCUUUUACAAAACUGCUGGCAGCCAAAUGCUCCAAGUGGGGAGUUGGUGAAAGAUUUCUUCGAUCAACUGGACCGUGAGCCUCGCGACAUGGUGGGACCAGCCCACCAGCGACUUACCAUGCAUUGCCUCAGUGAGGUAGCCUCCGCGAACGACGAUGAGGUCAUUUUGGAGUUGAGACUUGCGCUUGAGGAACGGCUGCUUCAAUGGGCAGAGCUUGAGUGCAAACUUAGCCCAUGGCCAAGAAUGGUCGCCGAGAUGGAAUGUCCAAGCCGCAUCAUCACAACACUUCUCGGGCCGGGUUACGAAAGGUAUCACGAAAAUAUUUUAGACAUCUUAGGACUCGGAAAUCAAAUAUCACAAGAUGUACUUGAUGCAGCGGCUCUGUUGCUCAAAGGAAAUGCGCCCGUCCCAGUGAGAAAAAUGGCAUUAGCUUUGUUAAAAAGCUCCCCAGACACGAUAACAACAGAGAUUGAGACAAUCCUAGUUGGAGACCUCCUCCAUCAGGAUUCGUAUCUCAGUCGGUCCGCAGCCAGUGUUUUGUUCCAGAGGUUUCUCUCCCGAAAUGCCAUCCAGGAUCUGGUAUCGCUGCUACGGCAUCCUCAUCCUCAUAUCAGCUGGGAUAGUUUCGAAGCCCUAAAGGCAGCGGUCGACCUUCCUGAGAACGUUAUACAAAAUAUGAUGCUACUCUUUGGAGAUGAUGAAAUUGUCUACCCCAAUGGCGCUCUAGGACCAAUUUUAGCACCCCAAAAUAAGUUCUCAGAGAGCACUGUCCUGUCUCUCGGUACGCUUCUCAAGGAUAACCUGGGCUGCGUACGCUACAGGGCGGCUGCCGCUUUAGAGGUCAAUAAAAUUUUACCUGGUUGGAUUAUUCACGACCUAGUACAGCUCCUUGAAGAUGAAUCUUCAAGAGUACGGUCCGCCGCAUGCAAAGCACUGUGCGCUCAAGAAAGCCUUCCGAAGGAUGUUCUCUUUGAUAUGAUUUCAGUGCUCAAUAAAAAAGCAGACUUUACGAUAGAUGGCUACCUUGACGACAAAAUAGAGCAUGCAAUUCAGGUCUUGAGGAGUCAACUUCUUCCAGACGAUACCAGACAUGCGCUAAGCCUUCUAUUCAAGGCAGAAGCCUCCGGUACAAGGUUCGCUGCAGGCUGGGCGUUGGCAAGUCAAGACAACCUGUCAGAUGGAACUCUCGAUAGCAUGGCACAACUUCUCGAGGAAGCGAAGGGUAAUUGGGGAAAACUUCAACGCACAUUUUGGUACUUCAGGCAACAGAAAAGUCUUCGACAAGCCAUUCUGCCAGCAUUGCACCACCAUCUAAAAGGCCCUGAUAGUGAAAUGAGAGAUUUCACAGCUUAUGAACUUGGGGAGUGGGUGCCCCUCUCCGAUGAGAUUCUACAUGACUUGGUUUUAUGCCUCGAGAAUCCAGAAACAAGGUGGUCUGCAGCAAUCACAAUCCAGAAGCACUCGCCGAUCCCGGAUAAGAUUAUUCAAAGCUUGCACGACUUUUUGAUGGAUAAAGACGCAGACGUGCGUAACUGCGCAGCCGGGGCUCUGAAAAGUCAAAAAGAGCUUCCAUCCGAGUUGCUCCCUUCUCUCGUACACGUGCUCAGACAUAGCCGGGAUGAUUGUUCCUGCUACGCAACCGAGUGGCUCGAAACGCAGCGGCAUCUUCCUGACGAUAUAACCAAAGCGUUGGUCAUGUUAUUGGACGACGAGCGCCAGGUGGUAAAAGACAAAGCUAUGAUGGUGUUGCUCAAGCAGUCGCACCUGGCAGAAAACGUACUCCAUGACAUUGCCAUGCUACAUUUUUCCCCUGCCAUUAAAUCCGAAUAUUCUUGGGGUUUAUGGCUUGGUCUGAGGUCGGAUUUCCCCCCCAAAACAGUCAAAGCUCUGGCCGCCCUCCUUGAAGACGAACCCUCACGUGUAAAGAAGGUAGACGAGGUUUUGAGGGUUCAAAAUUCUUUCUACCCUCUUGUACCGACCCUCAGCCGACAGGCCCUGAAGAAUCUAUUUCGUUGUUGGAUACCCCUCGCCUUUGACCAGCAGAUCUGCUGCUUUUUUGAAAAAGGCAAGCUGAUUAUCGAUGGUCCGAAAGGAAGGUUUGAGCUUGAUUUUGAGAGCGGCCAGCAAAGAGAGCAGUUCAUCCAGGUUAUUCGACAGGUGCAGAUGGAUCUGGGAUUUCCUACCGCUGGCACAAGCUCUGAUGAACAGCCGCCAGUACCGAGCCGGGUCAACCGCAAGCGAUCUGCCGAGUCUGCAGGGUUUGCAAUGCAAUCCGAAUAA